AUGCGGUCGCUCCAUAUCACGAGCCCUUCUGCACUCCUCAUGCGAGCCCAGCUUUUUUCUGCAGAACUUACGACGGCGUGCAGGGCACUGUCGACUUCCACCAAGCCCGGUUUAUCCUCGCGUUCGCGACGUGGCCGGAUCUCCUCUGCUCCUUCCUCGGGCGUCCAGCUCCAUUUUCCUUCUCGCACCAUGUCGUCCACACCUAGACUGCACGGUUUGACCAUCGACAACAUCAACCCCCAUGUCAAGGCGGCCGAGUACGCUGUGCGCGGCGAGCUCGCCAUCAAGUCAGAAGAGUAUCGACAUAAGCUGAAGUAUGGCGACCCUCCGACCCCCCCCGAGGAACCCCUACCUUUCGACUCUGUCAUCUCUGCCAACAUUGGCAACCCUCAACAGCUCGAUCAGAAGCCUAUCACCUUCUUUCGUGAAGUCCUCGCCCUUGUUGAACAUCCAAAACUGUUGGAGAAUGAACAAGCUUUGAAGACGCACUUUGGGUACAAGCAAGAUGCGAUAGAUCGUGCUCGUUGGUUGCUAAAAGAGGUGGGCUCCGUGGGAGCCUAUUCGCAGUCUAUGGGAGCGCCAGGCAUACGGCAGUCGGUGGCCAAUUUUAUCGAACAUCGUGAUGGGUUCCCAGCGGACAAGGGUGACAUCUACCUUACUGCUGGUGCCUCUUCAGGAGUCCACACCCUGCUACAUGUCCUCUGCGCCAAACCCACCACUGGUGUCAUGAUACCCAUUCCACAAUACCCCCUAUACUCUGCGACGCUAUCGCUCCUCGAUGCUCGCCCAGUCCCAUACUUGUUGGAUGAGCAGCACGGCUGGGACACGAACAUGACUGUCAUCAAGGAGGCUUAUGACAAGGCAGUCAGUGAAGGCACAGAUGUUCGUGCUAUAGUUGUUAUCAACCCUGGCAAUCCGACUGGUGCAUCACUAUCUGAGUGGGACGUUGAAGAUGUCGUCAAGUUUGCUGCAGAGAAGAAUCUGGUCAUAUUUGCAGACGAAGUCUACCAGACGAAUGUCUUUAUCGGAAAAUUCCACUCUUUCAAGCGUGCCUUGCGGAUACUGCAGCAGAAGGAACCCGGCGCCUAUGAUCAUGUCGAGCUUGCUUCAUUAAAUUCGGUUUCAAAGGGUAUGGUAGGCGAAUGCGGACAUCGUGCUGGCUAUUUUGAGCUUGUUGGCUGGGAUCCAGAAGUGCAGGCGCAGAUCUACAAACUUGUCAGCAUCAUGCUUUGCCCGCCUGUCAUAGGGCAGUGUCUCCUGGAAAUGGUGGUGAACCCGCCCAAGAAAGGCGACCCCAGCUAUCACCAAUACCAUGAGGAAUACCAUGCCAUCAAGCAUGGUCUGCAGCAAAGAGCUACUGCAUUGUAUGAUGCUUUUGAACGGAUGGAAGGUGUUGAAGUCGGUGAGCCUCAGGGCUCAAUGUAUCUCUUCCCUACGCUUCGUCUCCCGGAGAAGGCAAUUGAAGCUGCGAAAGAAGCCGGCAAGAACCCAGACGACUUCUACUGCCUUCGUUUACUCGAUGCAACAGGUAUCUGCGUCGUACCUGGAUCUGGGUUUGGUCAAAAGCCUGGUACACUACAUCUGCGGACGACCUUCUUGGCUCCCGGUACAGAAUGGGUGAACCGGUGGACGAAAUUCCACCACGAGUUUAUGGAUAAAUAUAGAUAA